AUGGGAAUAAUUGGCUCCUCUUUAGCUAGUAAUGUAGAAGAUGACUUUCGCAAUGAUCACCAUCCCAGAACAAUUUCGUUUAGUCCAUCCAUAAUUAACAGAACAGAUAGUGAACAUUUGUAUGACCUCAUAUCACAAGGACCAAAUAUAAAUAUCCAGAGGACAUCAGUUGUGAGAAAUUCUGUAAAUUUACGUCGAAAGACUUUAAAAUUAAUCAAUAAUGGAAACAAUACGUAUUUAAUAAAUUUUGCUUUUGAUGCAUUAUACGAUGUUGAAAUAUCCAUUUACUUUUGUUGUAAGGAGGAGUUUGCCGAAAACAGGGAAGCGUUCUAUACCCCGAUGAAGUACAAAACAGUAACAAAUAUAUACCCCAAAGAAAUAAACCAAAUAUAUAUGAGUAGUCCAAAUGAAGGAAUUAAUUUGAACUGUAUUGAUAUUAAUGAUUUGAAAUGUAAACCAAGUUAUGAAUAUAUAAUCCCAAUUUUAAUUGUGCUAAGAGCACUUGGAGCGCCCAUCCCGCAGGCACAAUACAACUUUGCAUACCUACAAGAAAAUGAAAUGAAGGAUGGUGUUCGAUGUGAUGAGAAAUAUAAAAUUAUCCUCUAUAAGCAGAAAAUUCAGUUUGGAAAUAGGUACUUCGAGGUACAAGAAAUUUUUGGUAUAGAAAAAUCCAAGACCUCGCAACAGGACAGGAUGAACAGCUUCAUGUCUGGAAGAGAAUGCGUAAUAUGUCUCACAGAAGAAAGGGACACCGCCAUAUUACCGUGCAGACAUAUGUGCCUUUGUAAUGUGUGUGCCAAUGUGGUCAGAAUGCAAAACACAAAAUGUCCCAUUUGCCGACAAGAUGUUCGAGGGCUUUUACAAAUAAACAUAGACCAAAAAAGGGACAUAUGUCAAGAAGGAAGAAAUACCACCUAG